ACAUGGAUUUGAUGUUUAUGACGCUCAUCCUCAAGUCCCCCUGGCUCAGCCCAAGCUUUGUUCAACGAACAAACAACAACUUCGCCUCGAAAUACCAACAACGGCCUUCCAGGAGCGGCCACGAAUACAUAUAGGUCCAUUCUGCGCUCGAAUCUGCAAAUCCGAAGUGAACUUUACCUUGCCUACAAAUCCCCCGCACUCACGAUGCUGGCUUCUUGGUAGAUGAGAUUGGGAGGCCCUUGCAUUAUUGACCAGGAUUGACACGAGCUUAAUCUUGCGAUUAGCAACACCACGUCCGUCUGCGCGCCCACGAUCUACAGGAUUCACGAGGCACCAAAGGCUUCUUUAGCGUCUACAUCGGCUAGGAUUUGCAGCGGCACUUUCUAUGCUCACAUCCUCGCCAUUGACUGUUCGUCUCCUGCCGGAAACCUUGGAGGCUUAGCCCAUCAACAGUACGCCUGUGGCAUGAAACCAUGUCAAGUUCAUUCGAGAAAUCUGUGAAGGGCGCGACAAAGAUAAAGCUUGCCCCGCCGAAAUCAAAAUACAUUGAGCAUAUCCUCAUCGCAACACAUUCCGGCGAACAUGGCGUCGCAGAAGUCUUUCGUGCCCUCCAGAACCGGUUGCGCGACUCCACAUGGACGGUGGUUUUCAAGGGUCUUAUAACUGUACACCUGAUGAUUCGGGAAGGGUCACCCGAUGUUACGUUGGAGUUUCUAUCAAAUCACAAGAACAUGUUGGCUACAAGCAGCUUCACGGAUGUUCAAACGCAUGGCAAGAAUAUCCGCCACUAUUCGAGCUACCUGACUGAACGAGCAAGAGGAUACCGACAUAGCAAAUGCGAUUUUGUCCGAGGAGCGGAGAAUCGAUUUCAAAAGUUAACUGUCGACAAGGGCUUAUUGCGGGAGACCGAACUCGUCCAGCUCCAGAUCAGUUCCCUGCUGAAAUGUGACGUGCUUGAUAAUGAGCCCGAGAACGAAAUCACAAUCACUGUAUUCCGUAUGCUGGUUCUUGACCUCCUGGCUCUUUACCAUGUCAUCAACCAGGCAAUGAUUGCCAUCCUAGGACAAUUCUUUGAAAUGACAAAAACAGAUGCCCAGAGAGCUUUGGAGAUAUACAGAAGAUUCACAAAGCACACGGACCUUGUAGUUGCAUAUCUUGGUACCGCACGGACAUAUGAGCACAAGACACGAGUUGAGGUACCAAAGCUUAAGCAUGCGCCUGUGAACUUAGGGAAGCAGCUGGAGGACUACCUCGCCGACCCCGAUUUUGAUAUCAACAGGCGUCAAUAUCUGGCGGAAGAAGAGGCAAAGAAGAAGAAGAACGGCACAUUCAAACCAUUUCUCACUGCACAGAAGACAGGUGGUAGCUCUUCUCGCGUUGAUGCGUCAAAGACGUUCCCAGAUGCCAAACCAAGCAAAGAGACGGCAGCCACCACGACAAAGGCACAACCAGCUCCGCCUAAAGGUCCUGCCCCAGACUUGAUAGAUUUCUUCGCCUCGAUCGAACUAAAACAGGAGCCCCUCGAAACCACGCCGCCACAGCAGCCGGUAAAUGCGCCCAACUUCACAGGCGCCCCGCAGUUCCAAGGGCAACAACAGCAGCCUAUGCAGCAACAAGCUAUCCACCAACAACAGGCAUUCCAACAGAAUGGAUUCGUGCAGCAACAAACAGGCUUCCAGGACCCGAACCAACAGCAACAACAUCAAUUUAAUAAUGGAUUCACACAGCCUCAACCGAUGCAACAACCGCAGCAACUCCAACCUAAUAUGACUGGAGCUGGCUUCGGCGGUUACACCCAGCAACCACAAGCAUACCCUUCGAACUACCUCUCCCCAACCAGUCAAAAUACCCUCUCACCCUUUCCCGGACAACCACAACAACCCUUCCAAACCGGCCCACAGCAACAAGUCACGAACCCUUUCCGCGCAAGCAUGAUGAUGAACCACGCCGCCAGCGCAAGCCCAACGACUAUGGGCCAGACUACGAGCCACACCCUCUCCCCCGUAUCACCUCAAAACACAAACCCCUUUGCCAAACCGGCCUCAGCCCCACCUGGCGGGCCACAAGCACAGCAAUACCAACCCACCGGCCCCGCCGCGAGCCCACUACAACCUGCGCCUACAGGGACGAACCCGUUCGCGCGACGGCCUGGGACGAGCGGUGCGGGGACACCGGGUGGACUGGCACCGCAGCCUACAGGCACGAAUCCGUUUAGGCAGAGUGCGUUUGUGAAUACUGCGACAGGAAUGGGAUGGCAGAAUAAUCAGGCGCCGAUUGGUGGGGGACUGGACUCGAUGCCGACUAUUGAGGUGUUUCCGAGGCCGGCGCAGCAGCAGCCGUGGUCGCAGUAGAUGGGAUGACGAGGGGAAGAUGGGGAUGGGGGCUGUCGAAUGGGUGAUGGGUUUGAAACCUUGCAUGGUGUAGAUGCAUUUGUGGAAUGAGGAUGGCGGUGGAGAGAGCGACGUGGACUUGACGGGGGUUAUUGGUAUAGCGUUGAUUUUAAGAGUCCCAGAUGGAAGAUUUGACAGGGCAGACGUAGAAAGGUAGCUGGCAAGCUAUAGCUCUGGGAAAGGAUACGUAAUACCAUUACAAGACGGCGUGGCUCACAGUGAACUUUCUUUGUCUUGAUAUAUUCGAUGCUUCCCCAGCCACCUUAUCUGCUC